CGGAGCAGCGGCUGCGCGCCCGAGCGGCCAUGCCGAUGUACCGGGUGCGACCGAUCCACGCGGCGGCGGCGCCGGAGCUGCCCGCCUGCAUGUACCGUAUGCCCAGCCUGCACCAACGCCCCGCGCCGCCGCAGGAAGAGGUCGAUCCAUCACUUGAAGCACUUGAAUCCCGCCAGGAAGAGAUUCUAAAACGCUUGUAUGAACUGAAGAGUGCUGUUGAUGGUCUCUCAAAGAUGAUACAGACCCCAGAUGCUGACUUAGAUGUAACUAAUAUAAUUCAAACUGAUGAGUAUUCUCCGCUGACAACAAGUGGAGCAGAUUUGGAUUUGAUGCUUGGAAAGGAUUAUGGUGCCCUGAAAGACAUUGUUAUCAACGCAAAUCCUUCUCUACCUCCAUUGUCAUUACUAGUACUACACAGGCUGCUUUGUGAACGCUAUAAGAUAUUAUCAGCUGUUCACACCCAUUCAUCAGUGAAGAAGGUGCCAGAAAACCUCUUGAAAUGCUUUGGAGAGCAGACUAAGAAGCAACCACGGCACGAGUAUCAGCUGGGCUUUACUCUUAUUUGGAAGGAUGUUCCAAAGCCCCAGAUGAAGUUCAGCAUUCAAACAAUGUGCCCUAUUGAAGGAGAGGGGAACAUCGCCAGAUUUCUUUUUUCCCUGUUUGGCCAGAAGUACAAUGCAGUUACUUCAACUCUGAUUGACAGCUGGGUUGAUACCACCAUCUUCCAGCUAAAAGAAGGCAGCAGUAAGGAAAAAGGAGCCGUCUUGCGCUCUAUGAAUGCUGCCUUGGGCAAGACACCGUGGCUGGUGGGAAACGAACUCACCGUCGCAGACAUUGUUGCAUGGUGUGCGCUUCAGCAGACAGGCAGUGCGAAUGCUGCCCCGGCCCAUGUGCAGAAAUGGAUGAAGUCAUGUGAGAACCUGGCACCUUUCAGCUCUGUUAUGAAACUAUUCAAGUAAUCCUCUACUCUUCAUAAUGGUGUGAUUUUAAUCUUAUUCCACCUUAUGCCUGCGGUGGUGGGUACGAGUCCUUUCUCAGCUGUAUUCAAGUAUUACUGUUGGGACAGAAUUCUGAAAUCAAUAAAAUUAGAGCUACCUUUUGGGUGUGGCCUUAAUUUUU